AUGCCUCCGGACAGAGGGGGUCCCAGGGGCCCCUUAGGGGCCCCUGGGUACGAGUACUUUGGGGGCCCCCGUGGGGGCCCUCUGGGGCCCCCCAUGUACCCGAUGCGCAGGUGUAGCGACAGCCCGGGGCCACCUUUGCUGCGCGUCUCCUACUAUGGGAGGGGAGAAGAGAGGGAGGGGUACCUCGGGGGUAUUGGUGAUCCGCGGGGCCCACCCCCGCGUGUGCUGCAGCGGCGGUUGCCGCCAGAGCAGCUGCAGCAGAUGCAGCAGAUGCAUGCGCAGCAGCAACAGCAGUACUAUGCAGAUAUGCGGCGGUUUCCUCCGUCAAGUGGAUGGAGGAGACGGAGGAGCUGCAGCAGCAGAGGCAGCAACAGCAGCAACAGCAGCUGCGGUGCCGAUAGAGAGGGGCCCCCGGGGGGCCCCCUUUCUGGACGGGGAUCGUUCAUUGAUAGGGAAAGGAAAGUGAGCAGGAGCCGCAGUGUGAGCACAAUCAGCGUCAAUGAGGCAUCGGACUCCUCCUGCAACGAAGGCAGCAGCUCGUACGAGCAGCAGCAGCAGCAGCAGCAGCAGCGGCGGUCGUGGCAGGAGCGUGCUUCUGGCACAGCAGCAGCAGCCAGCAGCAGCAGCAGGCCCUUGGAGGGGCCCUUCAGGAGGUCCUUCUCAAGGGGUAGCGGCGUCUCUGCCGUCUCCUCCCGCCGAUCCCGAUCCCGAUCGCGAUCCCGAUCCCGUCGCCGUUGGCAGCAGCAGCAGCAUCAGCAGCAGCAUCAGCAGCGAUCCCGAUCCCGAUCGCGAUCCCGAUCCCGUCGCCGUUGGCAGCAGCAGCAGCAUCAGCAGCAGCAGCAUCAGCAGCAGCAGCAUCAGCAGCAUCAGCAGCAGCAGCGGGAAAUGAUGAUGAUGAUGCAUCCUCCAGGCCCCCAUAGCAGUAGCAGCAGGUGGCAUGAGGAGCAGCAGCAGCUGCUGCUGCAACGGCAACGGCAGCACGCCUGGCAGAAGCAGCAGCAGCAGAUGGCUCUGAUGCAGAGGCGAGCCGCGAGACGCAGCAGGAGCUGCAGCAGCUCAUGCCGCUCGGCCUCUUAUAGCAGCAGCAGCAGCGGGAGGCGGCGGCGGCAGCAGCAGCAGCAACGGAGACACCGCGAUGCGUCCCCAGCUAGGCGGAGGCAAUUGCCCUCUAAGCAGCCCACCAGGCAGCAGCAACCUCCAGCAGCAGCAACAGCAGCAGCAGCAGCAGCAGAAGCCCCCAGCGCCAGAGGCGGCAAGACACUGAAUGGCGACGUUGUGUGCGAAGGCGGAAGCAAACCUGACCAGCCGAGCAGUGCAGGAGGCAGCUGCAGCAAGAGCAGCAGCAGCGUGAGCAGCAGCAGCAGCAGCAGUAGUAGUAGUAGCAGUAGUAGUAGUAGUAAGUCAGGCGGCUCUGCUGCUGCUGCACUGCCGAAGGGAUCCGAGGCGCAGGUGGGGGGAGAGCAAGCCGCAUCGCCAAAGGCAGAGGCGGCAGACAGCAACAGCAAGCGCAGCAGCAGCAGCAGAAAUGCUGCUAGCAGCAGUAGCAGCAGCAGCGGCAAGCUCCACCCAUUGCCCUGCAGCAGCAGCUGCUCGACUAGUGAAGACAAACCCCACAGCAAGCUGGAAGGCAGCAACAGUACACAGCAGUCGAGCAGCAGCAGCAGCAGCAGCAGCAGCAGCAGCAAACAAUUCAGUGACACCAUGGACAGAAAGCGGAUGGCAGAGCAGCCCACUGCUGCGUCCAAGGACCUAAUAGGUGCGAGCAGCAGCAACAGAAGUAGCAGCAGCAGCAGCAAACGACCUCGCGCAGGCGAUGCCGCGGGAGAGGACAGUGUAAGCAGCAGCAGCAGGGCAGGCAGAGAAGCAGCGCGGCCGUCCUCGGACCCAGCAGCAGCAACUGCUGCUGUUGCAGCAGAGUCCCGUGGCGCAGGAACGGCGAUGUAUGACAGCGUAGCCAUGGAUUUGAAGGGGGAGGCAGACAGCAGCAGCAGCAGCAACAGCAGCAGCAGUAGCAGCAGCAGCUCAUCAAACAGGGAAGACAAGAUACGGUGGAGGCAGCAGCGAUUCAAUGAACUGAAGGCGGCCCUCAGCAGCAAAGCUGGCAGCCCAGUAGCAGCAGAUGCUGCAGCAGCUCCUGCUGCUGCUGUUGCUGCUGAGGAGGGGCGCCAACGGGCAAGCAACGAACUGCCUCAUCCGCAGGUAGCGACUGCUGCUGGUGCUGUUCCCGCAGGGGGAAGGCAGCCUCAUCAUCAUAGCAGCAGCAGCAGCAGCAGCAGCAGCAGCAGCAGCAGCAGCAGCAACAGCAGCAGCUCAAGUCAAGCUUCUCCUGCCGCGGGUAGCAAUAGAGUAGCGGGCGACGUGCAGUCUGCCGCAGCAGCAGCAGCAGUAGCGAAAGCAACAGCAGCAGCGAAAGCAGCAGCAGCAACAGCACAAGCAUCACAAGCGGCAGCGCCAACCAAGCCUUCAGGCAGCAGCAAGAGCAGCAGCAGCGUGAGCAGCAGCAGCAGUAGUAGUAGUAGUAGUAGCAGUAGUAGUAGUAGUAAGUCAGGCGGCUCUGCUGCUGCUGCACUGCCGAAGGGAUCCGAGGCGCAGGUGGGGGGAGAGCAAGCCGCAUCGCCAAAGGCAGAGGCGGCAGACAGCAACAGCAAGCGCAGCAGCAGCAGCAGAAAUGCUGCUAGCAGCAGUAGCAGCAGCAGCGGCAAGCUCCACCCAUUGCCCUGCAGCAGCAGCUGCUCGACUAGUGAAGACAAACCCCACAGCAAGCUGGAAGGCAGCAACAGUACACAGCAGUCCAGCAGCAGCAGCAGCAGCAGCAGCAGCAGCAGCAGCAAACAAUUCAGCGACACCAUGGACAGAAAGCGGAUGGCAGAGCAGCCCACUGCUGCGUCCAAGGACCUAAUAGAUGCGAGCAGCAGCAACAGAAGUAGCAGCAGCAGCAGCAAACGACCUCGCUCAGGCGAUGCCGCGGGAGAGGACAGUGUCAGCAGCAGCAGCAGGGCAGGCAGAGAAGCAGCGCGGCCGUCCUCGGACCCAGCAGCAGCAACUGCUGCUGUUGCAGCAGAGUCCCGUGGCGCAGGAACGGCGAUGUAUGACAGCGUAGCCAUGGAUUUGAAGGGGGAGGCAGACAGCAGCAGCAGCAGCAACAGCAGCAGCAGUAGCAGCAGCAGCUCAUCAAACAGGGAAGACAAGAUACGGUGGAGGCAGCAGCGAUUCAAUGAACUGAAGGCGGCCCUCAGCAGCAAAGCUGGCAGCCCAGUAGCAGCAGAUGCUGCAGCAGCUCCUGCUGCUGCUGUUGCUGCUGAGGAGGGGCGCCAACGGGCAAGCAACGAACUGCCUCAUCCGCAGGUAGCGACUGCUGCUGGUGCUGUUCCCGCAGGGGGAAAGCAGCCUCAUCAUCAUAGCAGCAGCAGCAGCAGCAGCAGCAGCAACAGCAGCAGCUCAACAGUGCCAACAUCAGCGGCAGCAGGAGGUUCUCGAGCAGGCAACAGCAGCAGCAGCUAUAUGAGAGCUCAGCAGCAGCAACAGCAGCAGCAGCAGCAAGCGGAUUCAGACGAGGAGUACAUCGUUGAUCUGUCUGGCUGCAUCCCCCGACCUCUUCCUUCGCGUCUUCCGCCUCCUCUUGGCUGUUCCUAUGAAAACCACAAGCGUUUUCUUUCUCUUGUCAGAAGCCGGCGUACACUUGGGCAGCAGUGGCGCAUCUCCGUGCUGGAGUUGCAGCAGCGGCAGACUGAGCAUUUGCUGCAGCGCAUUGACCACGCUGCUGCUGCAUUGGCGGAGCUCGAGGUGCUGCGACAGCUGCUCUCGUCUAAGCAAGCUCCAGGAGGAGGGGUGAAAGCUGUGGACGAGGGCGUGCGUGGUGGGGAAGCAGCAGGCGCAGCAGCAGCAGCAGCAGCAGCAAUUUAA